GUACAUAUGACGACGUCAUCCAGGAAGUGGACGGAGGGACGUCCGUGUGGGACGGAGCGGCUAAAGAAGCUUUUAUUUGUUUUAGUAAUUACUGUUAAAACAGCACAAUAAAGGACAAAAAUACUUGACCCCCCCUGCAGAGAAAUGUGCGGCUUCGAUAAGGACAAAGGGCCUGGGAGGCUGAUGAAAAAGGGGCUAAUUCUCAUCCUGGUUGGCCAUAUCAACUUCAUCCUCGGAGCUAUUGUCCAUGGCAGUGUCCUGCGCCACAUUUCCAAACCCAGCCAGCACAUUAGUACUAACUACACUGUAGCCAACAUCAUUUCUGUCACCUCUGGCUUGCUGAGCAUUGCUGCUGGGAUUACUGCGAUUGUGGUUUCAAGGAACCUUCAUGGUUUUAAGCUGCAAAUAAGUCUUCUGAUUGCGUCAUUCCUGAACGCUUUGCUUUCGGCGGCGUGCUGCGCCGGUCUCCUCAUGGCCAUUAGCAUCACCAUUGCCCACAAUGGGGCUGGUCUGAUGUUUGGAUGCAACGACACGGUGGUGCCCAUCAAUGCCCGCUCGCCUGUUAGUUCUCAGUGCCCAUUUGAUACAACACGAAUCUAUGACACCACUCUGGCUCUGUGGAUCCCCUGUACUUUGCUGUCGGCAGCUGAGGCCGGACUGUCGGUGUGGUGCUUCAUCGUUGGACUGGCUCUCAGAGGGCUGGCACCCUGUGGGAACAGCUACAUCAAAGACCAGUUGGAGGAAGAGGCUGAGCGCUCUUCACAAACCCGCCGCCUGAUGGGAAAACAUUUGAAUGUUGAAGCUUAAAACAUCUCGUAGGUUUGCUGAAGUCUGUCCAUUUCAAACUGAAGAACAUAAAGUGCCGAUAUGAAGAUUAAUAUGUGCUUACAUGUUUUCACUAUGAAAAAAUUGUGUUUAUGAAGGAUGUUUUUCUUUUUAUAUAUUUUAAUUUGUAGAAAUUCUUAUUUCUGAAAAAUAUGCAAAGAGUGAUUAUUUAGCUGUUUGUCCAUAUUCUUAACCACUCAAAUCUAUAAUGGCUAUUUCAUGUGUAUAAUAUGAUCAAAUGUAAUUAUUUACCUUAUUCAUCCAUCCCCUUUAAUCUAUAAAAUGGUAAACUGCAUGUCUGUUUUGUAUACUAUUGGCACUGAACCAGAAGGUAAAUCAUGCAGCAUUUGGGGGUACAACCUCUAUAAUAAUAGAUAUAUUGUCCAUGAUUAAAAGAAACCUGAUAAUUCGGUUUCUGAUAUAUAUUACUGUAACUGCAUUGUUGAAAAAAAAUCUGUAUUUUAAGAUCUCUGGGACAUUUUAAAUUUUCCAUUUAAUUCUUUUGUACAUUACUUACCAUUAUUUGUCAACUUUGUACAGUGUUUUUUUUUAUAUCAAAAAUCAAGGAAAACACUGACUGUUAAUGAAAUUUAUUCUGAACUACCUACAUAAAAAAAUAUUGAAUCCCACCAAAA